CACCCAACGGCAACCAGCUAGUUGUCUCCCGCCACCAUUUCAUCCACUCAGCUCCUUUUCCGUUGGAGAAUAGUUAUAUACAUCACCAAAGCAAAAAUGUCAGGCGGAGAAGCUCCAGUCGCUGCAGUUGAGACAACACCUCAACAAGCUCCUGCUGAAGACUGUAACCAGGCUGACUAUGUCAAGCUCGUCAAGGCACUUUGUGCUGACUAUGGAGUCGCAUUGUUAAGCGUUCCCAAUGUUAAGACCCUCGGUGAAUGGGCCGGACUCUGCAAAAUCGAUUCAGAAGGCAAUGCGAGGAAGGUUGUUGGGUGCUCUUGUGUAGUUGUGAAGGAUUACGGUGAAGAGAGUGAGGCAUUCAAUAUCGUUCAACAGCAUAUAAAGUCACACUAAUUAGCAUGUAGGAAACCUUGUCAUAGCUCGCAGGAUGAAUGGAGAUUGGCCUCAUUUUUUCUUUUGCUUUAGUCUCCUCUUCUGGAAAUUUUCACUAUCUAAUCUUUCCCUCCCAGUAUACUUCCUCAGUUACAGCUACUGUUCUUUCUACCUAUGCCUCUCAUUAUUCGAGCAUGCACUUCACACACGAAUUCUGGUAUAGUUUUUUUCAGGGUCUUUUAAAGUAAAAAUGAUGGUUGUUCGAGGAAAGAGGUGACCU